GGCUACUACUAUGUGUCACGUGACAUUGUUUUGUCUGCUCGGUCCUCUCUCUCGGUCUUUCGGUCCUGUCUCUCUUCCUGUGGAGUUGAAAUGGCUAGAAACGAGGAGAAGCAGCAGGGGAGACUGAACAGACUGUGGCUCCAGAAGGAGAGAGAGGAGGGACGGCUCAAAGAUAUACAUGAGCGGAGACCCAAGCUGUCUUCUCUUAAUUCAACUUCCUCUGUGAAAAAGUGGAUCCCCAGCAUCAAGAAUGAAAUUGAGUAUUACUUGCAGCAGUCGCAGCUGUCUCAUUACCCAGAGAGGAAGAUCGCAGAGUUCCAGCUGCACAUUGAGGCUUUAGAGAGAGAGUACAAAAGCUUCAUCGCCAAACUACGAGUCCUUGACCCCUCCUGUAAACAGAAGCCGUGGACUCCUCGGGCAUACUGCAAGAGGAGAGCAGACACACAAGAGUCUGCAAGUAUCGCGAAAAACCCUCGGCCCUAUGAGUCACCUGAUAGUAGCAUUCAGUGCAGAGAUGGUGAAAGUGAGUUUGCCUGCAGUUGGACAGGAUGUCGCAAAACCUCAGAGAGACCUCUCAGCAUUUCAGAGACCAGGUUUCAAAGCCCCUUCCCCCACAUCUCAGGAACCUCAGAGACAGUCUUUACAGACCAGGACCAGCCCCUCUCCUUCGAUCAUACGAGGCUGGCGGUGGCCGCUGCUGCGUUCAGGGGGCCAUCCGCUCAGACAGGGUCCACUCAAACACAGAGCCUAGCCAGGGUGCUGCAGUCUGGCCUGCCAAACCUCGUUAACGCUUCAUUAAGGCAAACAUUUUCAACCCAGAGCACGGACACAGAGAAGGAUGACAAGGCAGCAAUGGGAUCUGUCGUUGGACAGAAAAGCGCCGCCCAAGACCGCAAGUCAGAAUGUGAAGCAGCAGAGAGGAUACCUGGGAAAUCAUCCAACACUGGGACAACAGAGGGGAGGGCAGGUCAUGUCCUGGGACUAGACUGUUAUUCUUCUUCUGAUGAAGAGUGUGACACAUGAUGUAUUUUGAUAUAACUAUAUAAAUAUAACGCAUAACAAUGAAAUGUUUUAUGGAUCCUCUCAUUGCUUGGUGUUCAUUCAGAAGCUCCCUGUGGUGAACGGUCAUAUGGACACAAAAUUGUUAGCACAGCAUAUUCAUAUAAUGAGGCCUACAAUUUCUGUAAUAUUUAAGAUGUGACAGAUUUUUGUAAAAAUGUAACUUAUUCUUCCCGACACAAGGACUGUGAAUCCCGGUUUGUCAUUAUGUCAUGGAGGGAAGCUCAGGUUUGAUAUUGAAUUAAAGCCCCUCUCUGAGCUGCAUAAGGGAAAAGCUAUGUUUGCAAAAAA